AUGCACCUGGGAGGUGGUUUUCUGACCAGCCUCCGUGCCUCCAGUGACUCCGUGGCUGUCUGCUGCUGUGCACCCGUGGCUGUCUGUCUGCUGCUGUGCACCCGUGGCUGUCUGCUGCUGUGCAACGGUGGCUGUCUGCUGCUGUGCACCCGUGGCUGUCUGCUGCUGUGCACCCGUGGCUGUCUGCUGCUGUGCACCCGUGGCUGUCUGCUGCUGUGCACCGUGGCUGUCUGCUGCUGUGCACCCGUGGCUGUCUGCUGCUGUGCACCCGUGGCUGUCUGCUGCUGUGCACCCGUGGCUGUCUGCUGCUGUGCACCCGUGGCUGUCUGGCUGCUGCUAUGCACCCGUGGCUGUCUGCUGCUGUGCACCCGUGGCUGUCUGCUGCUGUGCACCGUGGCUGUCUGCUGCUGUGCACCGUGGCUGUCUGCUGCUGUGCACCGUGGCUGUCUGCUGCUGUGCACCCGUGGCUGCUGCUGUGCACCGUGGCUGUCUGCUGCUGUGCACCCGUGGCUGUCUGGCUGCUGCUGUGCACCCGUGGCUGUCUGCUGCUGUGCACCCGUGGCUGUCUGCUGCUGUGCACCGUGGCUGUCUGCUGCUGUGCACCCGUGGCUGCUGCUGUACACCCGUGGCUGUCUGCUGCUGUGUACCCGUGGCUGUCUGCUGCUGUGCACCGGUGACUUCUGCUGCUGUGCACUGGUGACUUCUGCUGAGACAUCCCCAGCUAUUAUUCUUCAGUUCUCUUCCUCAUCCACCUGA